AGCCGGGAGUGCGGCCGGAGCGAGGCGCGGGCUGUGGGGCCGCCGCGAACCCGGCCCCGCUUGCCCGUGCCCGCCCGCCAUGCCCGGCUUUGACUACAAGUUCUUGGAGAAGCCCAAGCGGCGGCUGCUGUGCCCGCUGUGCGGGAAGCCCAUGCGCGAGCCCGUGCAGGUUUCUACCUGCGGCCACCGCUUCUGCGACACCUGCCUGCAGGAGUUCCUCAGUGAAGGAGUCUUCAAGUGCCCUGAGGAUCAACUUCCUCUGGACUAUGCCAAGAUCUACCCAGACCCAGAGCUGGAGGUACAGGUCCUGGGCCUGCCUAUCCGCUGCAUCCACAGUGAGGAGGGCUGCCGCUGGAGUGGGCCACUUCGCCACCUACAAGGCCACCUGAAUACAUGCAGCUUCAAUGUCGUCCCCUGCCCCAACCGCUGCCCCGCCAAGCUGAGCCGCCGGGAUCUGCCCGCGCACCUGCAGCACGACUGCCCCAAGCGGCGACUCAAGUGCGAGUUCUGUGGCUGUGACUUCAGCGGGGAGGCCUUUGAGAGCCACGAAGGUGUGUGCCCGCAAGAGAGCGUUUACUGUGAGAACAAGUGCGGUGCCCGUAUGAUGCGGCGGCUCCUGGCCCAGCAUGCCACCUCUGAGUGCCCCAAGCGCACCCAGCCUUGCACUUACUGCACCAAGGAGUUUGUCUUUGACACCAUCCAGAGCCACCAGUACCAGUGCCCGAGGCUGCCUGUGCCGUGCCCCAACCAGUGUGGCGUGGGUACCAUGGCUCGGGAGGAUCUGCCGGGCCACCUCAAGGACAGCUGUAGCACUGCCCUGGUGCUGUGCCCAUUCAAAGACUCCGGCUGCAAACACAGGUGCCCUAAGCUGGCAAUGGCACGGCACGUGGAGGAGAGCGUGAAGCCACAUCUGGCUAUGAUGUGUGCCCUGGUGAGCCGGCAACGGCAAGAGCUGCAGGAGCUGCGAAGAGAGCUGGAGGAGCUCUCCGUGGGCAGUGAUGGCGUGCUCAUCUGGAAGAUUGGCAGUUACGGGCGAAGGCUACAGGAGGCCAAAGCCAAGCCCAACCUCGAGUGCUUCAGCCCCGCCUUCUACACGCAUAAGUAUGGCUACAAGCUGCAGGUGUCUGCAUUCCUCAAUGGCAAUGGCAGUGACAGAAGAAAGUUCUCCCAUCAGUACUCAACCCUUAAGAUUCAAACCACCAAGAGGGCCACUUCUCAUGCUACAGAUCACAUCACCUAUUACUUCCACCUGCCAGAGGUCCUCAAAUUCCAAAAUGUUCGAGGUGAGAGAAGGUUGUGGGGUGGGGGGAAGGGUCGUUUAGUCUUAAGCUGGCUUAUUAGCAAACCAGAUCCCCGUUUUUCAGUGACCGAUAGUCCUUGGAGUGAAAGUGGCAUUACAUUGAACUGGACCUCCAGUGAAGGGCAGCGAACCAUACUUAACCAUCAAAUCCCACCAAGCCCCCUGCAGCCCUGCCUAGGGAGAGGGCCAGUCAGCCAGGUGCCCUCCAGGGGCUGACUGAACACACCUGGUCCGGGAUAAUGGAGUGGGAGGGCUUCUGACGGGGACAAAUACUAUAGGGGUCCCCUUAAAAAUGAGAAAUUAACUUCUCUUAAUAAGACAUUAAAAACCGUUAAGAAAGAUCAUCUCAAACACAGCAUUAAACGAAUAGGACAAGAUCAAAGGUGAGUUUUUUCUUUUUACUGGUUUAUAAUAAUCUUAAAAACCCCAUCACACCCAUAAACCACCACAGGUGAGAAGAUGAGGGAGAUGGAGAAUGAAUGCUACAGUAUGUGGGCGGCGUGGGGAUCCAGGUAUCUUCUGGGGCAGUGUGGAAUGGAGGCAGGGGGUGCGGAUAGAGGAGGCCCUGGCUUGGACCCUUAUUGCUGGUUGGGGGUUGGCUGGCAGAGGGGGAGAGGGGCUCAGGGUGAACUAGGAAACAUCUCACACCAAAGGCGAGGGUAGGUAGGGGGCAGGGGGGUCACAGUACAUUUUCCAUGCAGACUAGGGGUGGGAGUGAGAGCUUCAGAGGCUUGCACCCCUACACAGGAAGAGAUGGGUUUGAGGUUUGAUUUUAAGCCCCCAAGUUGGUGUCUGGUCCAAUUUCCUAAAAUGGCAGCUCACCUUUUGGGGAG